AUGUUCGCCGUGCUCGUCUACCUCGCCACCGUCUCGGUCUUCGUCUUCUCGUUCCUCGGCUCGCGCGGCCCCGCCAGCGCGUGGUUCUGGGUCGAGAGGGCCAUCGACUGCUCGUUCGCCGCCGAUCUCGUGCUCAACUUCUUCACCGCGUAUGAGCGCGCGGGGCUGCUUGUCACCGACAGGAGGGACAUUCGGGCACACUAUCUCGCCACAUGGUUUGUGCCGGAUGUUGUUACUACGUUUCCGUGGGACUUGUUGGGCGUCAGUCAGAGAGGCAAUGACCCGUCCCAACACAAUUUGCUCAAGCUUCCCAGGUUUAUCCGCCUUAUUCGCCUGUUCAAGCUCGUCCGCCUCACAAAGAUUAUUCGCUUGAAGAAACGCAUGACUCGCCUCGAAAUCAAGCUUCGUUUAAAGUACGGCCACGUCAAACUCGUUGGUUUAUUCAUCUCCGUUGUCUUCAGUAUGCACCUCUUCGCCUGCCUCUUCUAUUACGUUGCCUCGCUGGAUGGCUUUGACGGCUCCUGGGUCGCCCAGGAUGGCAUCCCCUCCGACCUGUACGGCAGGUAUAUCGCCGCCCUCUACUUUUCAGUCUACACAAUUACCACCAUCGGUUACGGUGACGUCGUCCCCGAAAAUACAAGGGAGCGCUCCUUCACUACUGUCUUCAUGUUUCUCGGUGCUGCAAUGUUCGCCUACAUCAUCUCCCAGGUCUCCAACAUCGCGGGCGAGCUCACAGAGUCGUCUGCCCACCACCGUAGAAUGAUGGACUCAUUCACUGAUUUUGCAACCUACAGAGACCUUCCCGACGACCUUGUCGUCAACAUUCGCACAUACUUUCAAAGCGAGCAUCGUCGCCAGCGUGUUAUAAACGAGCAGCAGUUAUUGCAACGUAUCAAUAGGGAGCUCCGCAUCAAGGUCAUCAAAUUCAUGUUUGGCACAAGCGUCGAGCACUCUCGUUUCUUCCGCAGCAUUCCCAAGGACCAUCUCGAUGAUGUGUACAACACUCUAGUUGAAAAGUUUGCAGACAAGGGAGGUCGCAUCUAUUCCGAGGGAGACGAACCGUCCUUCUUCUAUAUCAUCAUCCAUGGCUCUGUCCAAAUCCAAGCCCGAGGCGCCCCACCAGUCAAUCUCGGUAAAGACGACAUCUUUGGCGAACGCGACCUUCUCUUCAAUCGCACGCGCCAGAGCCGCGCUAUCAGCACCAGCUCCACCGGGCUUGUGCAAGUCCCCCGCAGAGCUGUGAUGCGUAUCCUGCAACGGCACCCACGUGCCCUAAAACGCCUUCGCGAUGAAGAAGCACUUAUGUUAUGGAACAACGUCAUCAACGUCAGCGAAGAGCAGAUUCAAUAUCAGCGCUUCGCGCACGACCUCCGGGAAAACGCUGUCGCUUUCAUUCGACAGAAUGGGCCCAACGUGGUCCGUCAGCAGCCUCCCGUCAGGCGAAUUUCAAGGCAGGCUUCGUCGCAAGAGUGGCGCGCCAUGCCGGGGGCCUCGCAAGGUAGCUUCGGGGCAUCAGGCUAUUCGUUAACGGACACGGGCGACGAACAAGAGAACAGCUCCCAGGAUAGCCAAGACGGGAUGGACCUGACGACCAGAGCCAUGAAGACAGAGCUGCAGCGUAAGACACUGCAGGUGUCCGAGCUCGAGGCCGGCUUGCGCGACUUGCAGCGGCAGCUCGAUCUCAUCCUGCGCUCCACCCUUCUGUGAGGGACAUGGGAGAUACGAAGGGGAGGGAUAAGGUGGAGCGACGCGCAUUGGGGUGAUGGUGCGUCGCGACUUUUCUGAAGGUCAAGGGGGAGAGAGACGGAGGGGGUGGCUGGCGGGCUGCACGCGGGACUUGCGGAGACCAGCGCUCCGACACCCGUGCAACCCCUGCCGCGCCCGUUGGCCGUUUCCUCAAAAGCAAUGUAUUUUUAACUGAUGAAUAAAAAAACAACGGUCAUGGAUUGGAUAAUUUGUGUACUGUUCCACCACUUCCGGUUACAUGAGGGAAUGGUCAUUGGCAGUUUGGCUUGCCGACCAACACGAAAAGGACAAGGCCCUGUCCACGAUGGAAUGGAAUUGAGAUCACAAUAUAAACAAUCACCGCCUGGGUA